AUGUCAGAAUGUCAAGUAGAAAUUAAAUGUCUAAAAGAAGCGGUACAGGUGGGAGAAUCGUUUGACUGCAUUGUAAAGAUCACCAAUUCGAAAGCAGCUCAGAGUGUGUUACAAAUAUUACUGUGUUAUGCAUCCAUACACGGAGAGAUGUACUUGGACCCCACAUUGGUGCGUGUUUCGGAAUUUGAAGAUGUCCAACGUCAAGGAUUGCUGAACAAGCGGACGAUGAGUGGUUUGGUGCAUAUCCCAAAAGCGUCUACGGGAAAUUCAGUUUCAAAUGCACUAAGCGGAAUGUUUGGCAGCUUGCUAGGAUUGAAUCAAGCUAGCACUUUGAACGAAGCAUCGGAACAGCAAGAAGAAAAUGCGACACCAGUGUACAUGACUCGUCCAGACAUUUUAGGAGUAGACAUGACAUUAGCACCGGGGGAAAGCCAGUGGUUUCGAAUGCAAAGAAAGAUUCCAUUAAAGACGGUACCAUCGUACAAAGGAGUUGCAUUUCAGUUUCAGCACAAAUUAGUGGUGGGAGCACAGUUCCCGGACCACAAUGCGUGUGUGGAAUACGAAUUUGAAGUUGAUCUUUUACCAAACAGCAAGCAAAGGCCGGAAUUGCCGUUGGGAAAAUUUAGUCAAGUAUCUGUUGCGGGUCCGGAUGUGUUUGCAGACGUGCAUAAACCGAUCUUUGACUUUGAGCCCGCGAAAGUGAAGGAGCAGAGCGUGGGAGAGACAUGGCUGGAAGAGGAGCGCGAAGAUUCCGGGAACGGAAAAAAAAGAUUUGAAGAAUUCUUGGCUACGUUGUUGAACGGUGAUGGGAGUGCGUAUGCAGGAGAAGAGGAGCGCGAGAUGACCAAGAGGAAUGAAAAGGAGGAGGAAGAAGAAGAAGAAGAAGAAGAAGAACUGGAAAAAAAGGAAAGAAUUGAAUUGUUAAAAAGACAAGAAACGCUUGGAAGGAUGACGACGAAAUAUGAAAUAGCGAACCAACAAAGAUUAAUUUGUCGAUUUUUGUUUAACAAGUCCAGGUAUGUAGCCGGAGAAAUGAUGUUAUUGGAGGUGAAUGGUAUGGGAAGAGCGAUACGACAAUUGCAUGUACAGCUGGAAAGUGUAGAACGGAUUGUACCAAAGAUUCGCAUGCGAAACAGCACAAACACGGAGAGGGUAACACGAAGGAUAUGGACGAAAAUGAGUCGGAGUGUGUAUGGAUUGGAAAACUUUAGUUUUUCCAUGAGCAUUCCAGAAGAAUGUCCGACGACGUUUGAGACGCAGCAAUUUGGAGUGGAGCAUUUUUUGCGGAUUGAGCUCUUGCGGGAUUCGAGCGAACGAGAAGGGGCGACGAUGGGCAGACGUGACCAAGAGAAGAAGCAUGUGGAGGGUGUUUUGAAUCCAAACGAGGAGAAAAAUGGAUUGCAUGGAAAGGAAGAAUCGUCGCCAACUGUGCCAUCGUCCACAGAGAGUGGUGGUCAUCGAAAGACGACUUUGAUUACAAAUACUCGUGAAAUGAGAAUUGAGCAUGCACCCGUUUCCUUUCCAGCCGAAACGAUUCAAUGUUGUUUGCCUGUACGAAUUGAACAUUGUAUCAUGUAA